GGACGUCUGCUCCCCAGCUGUCCCCGUCCUUCUCCUGCACACACUGUCCUAUUGAGCGCUCUGCCUCCCUCUGUCCAGCUGUUGGAAUUGCUUCCUAUUCUCUCCAUAGAAAGGAUGAGCAGGUCACCUCAGCCAGGAGCAGACCCCGGUGCCCGCAGGACGUGUGCAGGCUGCAGGUGAUUGGCAGUUCCAGGGGAGGGACCUCAUUCUGGGACAGGGGAGGGCCAGGCUCCCGGCAGCAGCCCAGCAGAGCACAGUCAGCAGUGACAGAGCCGGGGAGUCUUCACCAAACUACUUCAACUUAAUCCCGGGAAGCAGCAGAGGACUUCUGGGACUGCAGGACCUCUCUCCAGACCCACCUGCACUGGGAGCAGAACAUCAGCCUCAAGGUGUCCCAGUGCCACUUACUCUCAGGGCAGGACAAAGACUCCGGUUGAAGGUGCAUUACUGAUCCCUGAGGAGAAUGGAUUAACUAUCCAGACAUAUACUACUAUUACAUGUAGCACAUGGUUCCCCAGGAUCUUCCUCUAGACUUGACUUCUUGAAGCUACAACUCUCAACAAUGGAUAACUUCUUCAUAGAGGGAACACAAGUUUGGUUACGGGAAAAUGGACAACAUUAUCCAAGUUACGUUCAGUCCUGUGCUGGUGGUGUUGUUGUAUUUAAGACAUAUUACAAUCAGGUAUUUACAUACAAACAAAGCACAAUUACUCGGCAGAAGGUAACCACUAUGCAUCCAACCAGCACAAAUGGUGUAGAAGAUAUGGCAGCACUCUAUGAUCUUCAUGUAGGAUCGAUCAUGUACAAUCUCUAUCGAAGAUACCACGAGAACAAAAUAUAUACCUUUAUUGGCUCCAUCCUUGCCUCCGUCAACCCCUACAAGAUUAUACCAGGCUUAUAUGACCGAAACACAGUGGAGCUGUACAGCAGGCAUCACAUGGGAGAAAUUCCUCCUCACAUCUUUGCUGUGGCCAAUGAAUGUUACCGCUGCCUAUGGAAGCGCCAUGACAAUCAGUGUGUUCUCAUCAGUGGUGAAAGUGGAGCAGGCAAAACGGAAAGCACAAAGCUCAUUUUAAAAUUCUUAUCUGCAAUGAGCCAACAUUCCUUGGAAAUAUCGUCAAAAGAAAAAACAGCAAGCGUGGAACAAGCAAUUCUGGAAAGCAGUCCAAUCAUGGAAGCCUUUGGAAAUGCGAAGACCGUUUACAAUAAUAACUCAAGCCGUUUUGGAAAGUUCAUUCAACUGCGUAUAUGUCAAAAAGGACACAUUCAGGGAGGACGCAUUGUAGAUUAUUUAUUAGAAAAGAAUCGUGUAGUACGACAGAACCCAGAGGAGAGGAAUUACCACAUAUUUUAUGCACUUCUGGAGGGAGCAGGGAAGGAGGAGAGAGAGGCUUUUUAUUUAUUACAACCAGAGAAAUACCACUACUUGAAUCAGUCUGGAUGUAUCAGAGAUGAAACCAUCAGUGACAAGGAGACCUUUCAAGAAGUAAAGACUGCUAUGGAAGUCAUGAAGUUUACUGCUGAAGAUGUGCGGGAAGUUUUUAGGUUGCUUGCUGGGAUUUUGCACCUGGGAAACAUAGACUUUAUGACUGCUGGUGGAGCACAGAUAUCUACAAAGACAGCACUGGGGCGAACGGCAGAAUUGCUGGGGCUGGACUCCGAGCAGCUAACAGAGGCACUGACACACAAAUCCAUGAUUCUCAGGGGAGAGGAGAUUUCUACACCGCUCAGCACUGAGCAAGCUAUAGACAGCAGAGAUUCAGUGGCCAUGGCUCUCUACUCACAAUGCUUUACUUGGGUAAUCAAGAAAAUCAACAGUCGAAUCAAAGGAAAAGAUGAUUUCAAAUCAAUUGGUAUUCUGGACAUCUUUGGAUUUGAAAAUUUCGAGGUCAAUCGAUUUGAACAGUUCAACAUAAACUAUGCAAAUGAGAAGCUGCAGGAAUAUUUCAAUAAGCACAUAUUUUCCUUGGAGCAGCUGGAAUAUAGCAGAGAAGGACUUGUAUGGGAAGAUAUUAACUGGACGGAUAAUGGGGAAUGCUUGGAUUUGAUUGAGAAGAAACUUGGUUUAUUAGCACUAUUCAAUGAAGAAAGCUACUUUCCUAAAGCCACCGAUAGCACCUUACUGGAGAAGUUACAUAACCAGCAUGCGAAUAACUCCUUUUAUGUGAAGCCAAGAGUUGCUGUUCACAACUUUGGUGUAAAGCACUAUGCUGGAGAGGUCUUGUAUGAUGUUAGAGGUACUUUGGAAAAGAACCGAGACACCUUCAGGGAUGACCUUCUCAACCUUUUACGUGAAAGCAGACUUGAUUUCAUAUAUGACCUGUUUGAACAUGUGUCAAGCCGAAAUAACCAAGAUUCUCUAAAGUCUGGAAGUAAGCACCGGAAACCUACUGUCAGUCUGCAAUUCAAGAAUUCCCUGCAUUCCUUGAUGGCAACACUCAGCAUGUCUAAUCCUUUCUUUGUGCGCUGCAUUAAGCCUAAUGUACACAAGAUGCCAGACCAGUUUGACCAGUCGGUGGUCCUCAAUCAGUUAAGAUACUCAGGAAUGCUUGAAACAGUUAGAAUCCGCAGAGCUGGUUUUCCUGUCAGAAGACCUUUUCAUGAUUUUUGUUUUAGGUAUAAAGUUCUAAUGAGAAAUCUGACCCUGCCUGAGGAUUUGAAAGGCAAGUGUGAGACUUUACUCCAUCUUCAUGACACAACAGAUACGGAAUGGCAGCUUGGGAAGACCAAGGUCUUUCUGCGUGAGUCAUUAGAGCAAAAGUUGGAGAAGCAACGUGAAGUAGAGGUAUACAAGGCCGCCCUGAUUAUACAAUCACAUAUCAUGGGUUUUGUGGCAAGAAAGCAGUACAGAAAGGUGCUUCACUGCAUUGUUGUAAUCCAGAAGAACUACAGGGCUUUCCUGUGGAGGACAAAGUUUUUAUGUCUUAGAAAAGCAGCUGUGACCUUCCAGAAGCAGCUGCGUGGGCAGAUAGCCCGCCGUACUUACAGGCAGCUCCGGGAGCAGAAACAGAAAGAAGAAGAAGAGAGAAGAAGGGAGGAAGAAGAGCAAAAGAGGCAAGAGGAGGAACGGCUGAGGAAAGAGGUGGAGAUGAAGAAAAAGGAAGAGGAGGAAAGACUAAGGAAAGAAGCAGAAGAAAGAGAAAGACAAAGACAAGAGGCAGAACUACUAGCCAAGCAGGCUGAAGAAGCAAAAAAACAGGAAGAACUUGCUGCCAUGUUGGGAGCUGAAAAGGGGGAUAAAGAAAAGCAAGAAUUCGAAAAGCAGAAAGAAAACAAACAGGUGGAAGAAAUUCUCAGACUGGAGAAAGAAAUUGAUGACUUGCAGCGCAUUAAGGAAAAACAAGAAUUAUCCUUAACAGAGACAUCUUUACAGCGGCUGCAGGAGCUCCGUGAUGAAGAGCUGAGACGUCUAGAGGCAGAGGCCUGCAGAGCAGCCCAGGAGUUUCUUGAGUCCUUGAACUUCGAUGAGAUUGAUGAAUGUGUCAAGAAUAUUGAAAUGUCCCUGUCUGUAAGUGAUGCAUUUCCAGAGGAUCUCAAAUGCAUUGCCAGUUGUGACAAACCCACGUUUAACUUUAGUCAACCAUACCCUGAAGAAGAGGUCGAUGAGGGCUUUGAAGCUGAUGAUGAUGCAUUUAAGGACUCACCAAAUCCAAGUGAACAUGAUCACUCUGAUCAAAGAACAAGUGGUAUUAGAACCAGUGAUGACUCUUCAGAAGAAGACCCUUAUAUGAAUUAUACCCUUGGGCCAGCAGCUGAACCUGGGCUAAACAAUAUAUUACUUUCUCCUGGGCAAGAUCUAAAAACCACAAAAAAGGUCACUGGGGGAGAGUCAACAUACUGUGUACCCGAAAAGCAACCAGAUUGUCUGCAGGGUCUUGAAAAUCUCAUUAUCCCUGAUGGAGAUUAUGACUAUGACCAAGAUGGGGCAAUUACCUCUGGAAGUAGCAUGGCAUUCUCUAACUCCCAUAGCAGCCAAUGGUCUCCAGAUUAUCAGUGCUCCAUAGGAACAUACAACAGUUCAUCAGCAUACAGAUUUAGCUCAGAAGGAGCUCAGUCAUCGUUUGAAGAUAGUGAAGAAGACUUUGAUUCAAGAUUUGACACAGAUGAUGAACUUUCCUACAGGCGGGAUUCUGUCUACAGUUGUGUUACACUGCCUUAUUUCCACAGUUUUCUUUAUAUGAAGGGUGGGAUGAUGAAUACAUGGAAGAAGCGUUGGUGUGUCUUAAAAGAUGAAACCUUCCUUUGGUUCAGGUCCAAGCAAGAAGCAUUGAAGCAAGGCUGGCUUUAUAAAAAAGGUGGAGGCUCAUCUACUCUGUCGAGAAGGAACUGGAAGAAGCGAUGGUUUGUUCUCCGGCAAUCCAAGUUGAUGUACUUUGAAAAUGACAGUGAGGAAAAACUAAAAGGAACUAUUGAACUCCGAGAAGCUAAAGAGAUCAUCGACAACACAGGCAAAGAGAACGGCAUUGACUUAGUAGUGGAAAAUCGAACUUACCACUUAAUUGCAGAAUCUCCAGAAGAUGCAAGUCAGUGGUUCAGCGUUAUGAGCCAGGUUCAGUCAUCCACAGAGCAGGAAAUUCGGGAGAUGCACGAUGAGCAAGCAAAUCCACAAAAUGCUGUGGGGACUUUGGAUGUUGGAUUGAUCGAUUCUGUCUGUGCUUCUGAUAACCCUGACAGACCAAAUUCAUUUGUAAUCAUCACAGCAAAUCGCGUCCUUCACUGUAACUCAGAUACUCCAGAAGAAAUGCAUCACUGGAUAACAUUACUGCAAAGGUCGAAGGGCGACACCCGAGUGGAAGGACAGGAAUUCAUUGUUCGAGGCUGGUUGCACAAGGAAGUGAAAAAUAGCUCUAAGAUGUCUUCAUUGAAGCUAAAGAAACGUUGGUUUGUCCUUACCCACAAUUCACUAGAUUAUUACAAGAACUCUGAGAAAAAUGCCAUUAAACUGGGCACCCUGGUUCUUAACAGCCUAUGUUCUGUGGUACAGCCGGAAGAGAAAAUCUUUAAAGAAACUGGAUACUGGAACGUGAUAGUGUAUGGACGCAAGCACUGUUAUCGCCUUUACACAAAGCUAUUGAAUGAAGCUACAAGGUGGGCCAGUGCUAUCCAGAAUGUGAUUGACACUAAGGCGCCUAUAGACACCCCAACACAGCAGCUCAUACAGGAUAUCAAGGAAAACUGCCUAAAUAAUGAAGUCACAGAGCAGAUAUACAGAAGAAACCCAAUCCUUCGUUAUACUCAUCACCCCUUGCAUUCUCCACUGCUUCCACUGCCAUAUGGAGACAUCAACUUAAACUUGUUAAAAGACAAAGGCUAUACGACACUCCAGGAUGAAGCCAUGAAGAUUUUCAAUUCUUUGCAGCAGCUUGAGUCUCUCCCUGAUCCUGUCCCAAUAUUUCAGGGUAUUCUUCAGACUGGUCAUGACUUGCGACCAUUGAGAGAUGAGCUAUACUGUCAGCUGAUUAAACAGACCAACAAAUCUCUCCAUCCUGGCAGCAUUGGCAACCUGUAUCAUUGGCAGAUACUCACUUGUCUGAGCUGUACCUUUCCACCUAGUCGCAGCAUUCUAAAGUAUCUCAAAUUUCAUCUGAAGAGAAUACGAGAACAGUUUCAAGGUUCAGAGAUGGAAAAGUAUGCUCUAUUUAUCUAUGAAUCAUUGAAAAGAACCAAAUGCAGGGAGUUUGUGCCAUCUCGAGAUGAAAUUGAAGCUUUAAUGAAGAGGCAGGAAAUUACAACCACAGUAUACUGCCAUGGUGGAGGAGCUUGCAAGAUCACUAUCACUUCUCAUACCACAGCUGGCGAGGUUGUAGAGAAGUUGAUCCGAGGCCUGGCCAUGGAAGAUAGCAGAAAUAUGUUUGCCCUCUUCGAGUACGAUGGGGUUACAGAAAAAGCCAUUGAAAGCAGAGCUGUUGUGGCAGAUGUACUGGCUAAAUUUGAAAAGCUUAGAGCAAGUGCGGAAACAGGAGACAGACAAUGGAAGUUCUACUUUAAGCUGUAUUGCUUCUUAGACACUGAACAUGUACCAAGGGACAGUGUUGAAUACGCAUUUAUGUUCGAACAGGCACAUGAAGCAGUUAUUAGGAGCCACUAUCCAGCACCUGAAGAAACUCUACAGGUUCUAGCAGCUUUAAGAUUGCAGUAUUCCCAAGGAGACCACAGCCCACACACAGCUGUACCAGAGAUGGAACAGUUUUACCCUAUUCAGAGACUAAAGUCACGAAUUUCUCAGUCCACCAAAGUGUCCACACCAACAGAACGAUGUGAAAGGAAGAGGUCUAGUUUCUUGGAAGGUACCUUAAGAAGAAGCUUCAGAAGUGGCUCUGUGAGUAAACAGAAGGCAGAAGAUGACCAAAUGUUGGAUAUGUGGGUUAAAGAAGAGGUGAUGUCAACCAGGACCAAUAUUAUUGAUAAAUGGAAGAAACUACAGGGAAUGACUCCAGAGCAAUGCAUAACCAAAUACAUGGGCCUGAUAAAAGAAUGGCCUGGUUAUGGAUCAACGCUGUUUGAUGUUGAGUGCAAAGAAGGUGGAUUUCCUCAAGAACUGUGGUUAGGUGUGAGUGUUGAAUCUGUUUCGGUGUACAAAAGAGGAGAAGGAAGACCUUUGGAAGUAUUUCACUAUGAACAUAUCCUUUCUUUUGGUGCUCCAUUAGCCAACACUUACAAGAUAGUUGUGGAUGAGCGGGAGCUUCUGUUCGAAACUAGUGCGGUGGUUGAUAUUGCAAAGCUGAUGAAGGCAUACAUCAGUAUGAUAGUGAAGAAGAGAUACAGCACCACGCGAUCAGAAAGUAGCCAUGGAAGCCAGGGAAGCUCUAGAUGAAGAUGGUGCCUCACACAUAUCUCCUCUGACCAUAGCUUGAUCCUCGCCUCUAAUUGAAAGGUGCUUCAGUAAUAUGUAACUUAACAUUUGUCAUCGCAUAUCCAGGCUUUCAUGGCAGUCAGGAGGAUGUAGUGCCUAAACUAUUAGAAAAGACAGCAUGAUCCCAAAGUAUAUUGCUUCUCAGUGACCAUUGCCUUAGAUUUUAAGACCCUGCUCUGAAUGCAGAGUGAUGUGCCUUUACCCCGGAUACCCCAUAUGUCCUCCUGGUUUCCUCAUGAAAAGUAUUGGAGAGCUGCAGGCAGCGUCCCCAGGAUCCAUUAAUGAUGCAACUUUGUAUUUUUUGUCUGUUUUUGUGUGUGAAUCUUGUAAAUUCUUAUUUUUUAUUCCAGGUAUUGUAUGAAAGGGAAUGUUAAUGUGCAAUGCUGUGUGUAUAUUUUAAUUGAUCAGUUACAUGGGGCGAUUAAGGUCCAUAGUGUGUUAUGAAUGGUAUAAUGCCACUUUUACCAUUUUGUAUAACUAUCUGUCACCAGUAUACAUCCCCUGACUGCUGUAUGUUAAAUGAAGAGAUGACAUAGCUACUAGAAAGAGUACAGUAUUUAUAAACUGCCUUGUUAUGAAGAUGCAUAAGAUGUCAGUAGCACUUGCUCUACAAACGUUUUCUUUACUUGAUUGCCAUAUUAACAUUGUUAAAGUGCUUGUAAAUAGGUAAAUGUGAGUGCUAUAUUUUUCUAUGGAAAGUUUUAAUAUGAAGCAAAAUAUUUCACCACCUAGUGGUUAGUGUCAGAAAAGCCAAAUCUUUAUUCUGCAAUGGGACGGCAAUAUGUUGAAAAGAUUUGCUUUAUUGUAAUAUAAACUCUUGUCAAUAAAAUAUUGUAUUUAA